GAAAACCUCACAGAUUCUCUCUCUCUCUCUCUCUCUCUCUACCACACUGAAUUCUGGGAUUGUUCAGAUUAAAGAUUGAGGAUCAAGCACUCCUACCACGCUACUGCACAUGUCAACCUCGGAUUAUUACUACUAAGGGUUCUCUCUUCUAGUUUGACCAUACCUCAUAUCUCAACUCUUUAUAGUGAGGGCUUUGAAAUUCGUAGCCAUUUUGUUGAAAACCUGGGUUGUUAAUAAUAAUAAUAAUAAUAAUAAUAAUAACAGGGGAAUCAUUGGUUUGUUGCUUUUGUGCUGAAGAAUUAGGCUGUUAAGGGCUCAUUUACUAAUUCCUGUCAGUGUAAAAUCUUGGACUGUUAGUAUUAAGGCUCAUCUUUCUUUUUAUCUCAUUAUAUCAAAGAAUUAGGCUGUUAAUAUUAGGGAUUGCUUAUCUAUCCCUAUCAUAUAGAAGACCUGGACUGCUAAUAAGAGGGAAUCAGCUAUUUGUGACUUCAGUCUUAGAUAUACAAGGGGUCGAGUCAAUCCACUUGUUGCUGUUCCUGAUGGAAUUCUGUUGAAUAUCUGACACCUGACAUGAGUAACACUGAAGUUCCUUAUAUAAUAGGUAAGCUGUUUCUUCUUAAUAUUUGUAAAUCUUAAGUGUUAACCCUAGAACUAGACUGUUAACCUCCAACAAAGCUAAUGCAUCAAGUGUCAGCUGUCUUUCCUGACCAUUUUUACUGGCAGGAAGGGGUUAAACUUCUAAACAGACCCAUCACUUGGCCGUUUAUAGUUAGAGAAUAGGCCCCAAUUUUUUCUCUAAAGUAUUUCUAUCUGCUAUUGAUCCUUAACAAAUUUAGAUCUAGUCGCUUUAGUUUACACUUGGCAUAGAAUAGCGGAUCGCAAAUUAUACCCUUAAAAAUAUUUCUGUCUGAACAAAUAACAUUUAGGGAUAAGUUAUGUUUUCCUGAUGUUCUCAAAUCUUGUUUGAUUGUUCAAAGGAUUAGAUUUUUGCUGCUAAAAUCUAAAAGUAUAAACCAUUUAAAGUAGGGCUGGUCUGAUAAAACUGCAGUGUUUAAAUUUGGGGGUUAUAUCUUGUAUCCCUGAAAACAUAUUCAAGUCUCAGUUACUAAGAUUAGGGGCAAAUUAAGUGAGAAAUAAAGUGAAUAUAAGAGAGACACACAGUUAGUCCCUUAAGACAGUUAAAUUGGUGACUCCUUAAGGAUAGACAAAUUCUAUUAGUCUGCAGUAUACAGAACUUUGGGAUUAAUUCAUUAGCAUUUGGAGAAACUUUCAGUUAAUUCUUCAACAUCUUCAAGCACAGUGGACGGUAUGACUAACAUAAAGGACCUUGAGAAAGCCCUAGCAAUCAGGCAGAUCAAAAGACCGAAAAUGCGUGUGCUGAACCGCCUGUCCUCCCUCGUGCUCAUCAUCUUAGUUGCGAGCGUCCUUCUGAUUCUAAUGAACGUGGUCGUGCUGCACAAGAUCUGGCAGGAACAGGUCAAUUUGAGGGAAGGACCUAUGAAGAUGCUGUUGGCACCAGCACCACCAAUCGAUGACAUCAACCUGAACAUCGACAGCAAGAAUGACGUCAACCCCAAUAUUAACGGCGAUGCUAAAAUUGACAGUCCUCAAAGACAAAUUGUGGCAAAUCUUCCGUUGAACCCCAUCACCAAUGUGAAAUCGGGGCCAACCCUUUGGAUUCAUGCAAAGCAGCUGGAAUCUGGCUAUUUAAAGCAUGUGUUUAACGUGUUUGAAUCGCUGGGGUUUGCAACCAACGGAGGCGAAAAUAAUUGGGACGUGUUGUGGUCACAUGAAUAUCCUUUCGAAGAGUUGGACCAUGUGAUCAGAAGAAUGAAGCCGGGUCAAAAGGUCAACCAUUUCCCUGGGUCCGGCUACAUCACAAACAAGGUCUCCCUAGCAACAAGUGAAUUCAAAUUUGUACCAAAAGCUUUCAAGUUACCAGAAGGAAAAACCAAAUUUCAAAAUUAUAUAAAACGGUUCCCAAAUAAAUUAUGGGUUCAGAAAAGCAACAACCACAGAGGAAUAAGAAUUUUGGCACCAAAUGAGCUUGACUUGUCCAAAGAGGGAACAUUUGUACAGGAAUACAUAUCAGAUCCUUUGCUAAUAGAUGGACAUAAGUUUGACAUUGGUGUGUAUGCUGUCCUGACGUCCAUCAACCCAAUCAGAGCAUAUGUAGUUGAAACAGAAGCACUGUUUAGGUUCUGUCCAGUGAAAUAUUACCCGUUUGAUGCUUCUAACGUUGACAAAUAUGUCGUAGGGGACAUUUACACCGCUUUAUGGAAGAUACCAACAUUCUAUAAACUCUACAAACAACGUGGUUUUACAUUCAAAGAAUCAUUCAAUUAUUAUUUGAAAUCCCAAGGGCAAUCUCCUAAAGAAUUCUGGGACAAGCUAAAAAUGGCCAUUGCCAGUGUCUACAUUGAGAAAGAAAAAUUCCUCAUACAAGCCAACAGUCACUUUAAAUCCAGCAGAAACUUCUUUGAAUUGGUCCGAUUUGAUUUUGUUCUUGACAAAGACUUUAAUAUUUAUUUGAUGGAGGCCAACAUGUCACCAAAUCUAUCAUCUCGUACUCACGAAGAGAAUGCUCGACUUUACGAACAUGUAAUUUUCAAUAUAUUGAGUGUGGUGGGCAUAGCUUCAAGAGCAGCCCUAAACUUCCCUAACAUAGUCCUCGAUGACGACAACAUGGAGGUGUCUGAUGCAGACAUCAAUGUGUUCAGUGACCGAUGUAUGGCGCCAGAAUGUAAAUCAUCAAAUUGUACAUUAUGGAAAUGUCGGCUGUGUAAUUAUUGUAUGACACCCAGAGAGAAACUCAUUGCUAAAAUGGCCUACUUGGAACAUAUUAACCGAGGAAAUACAAGACGAAUCCUUCCCCCCGUGGCUGACACGGCUGAAGAAUUGGCCAUUUUGACCCAAACUCAAAUCUCUCAAGAGAGCGAAGAGAAUAAAUUUAUGUCAUUAUGGUUCCUUGGACAGUGCCAAAGAGAUGCAACUUGGUGCCAUUAGCAUAAAACCAUUUAUUCAUCCCAAACAUGAUGCUGCUUAUGUCUUAAGAUGUCCUCGGAAUAUUACCAACAAGAAACCCACAUACACUCAUAAGGUACCUCUCUGUUUUAUGAGGUACCUAUAGAUGCUCAAUAUUGCCUAUAGGAAACUUAUAUGUUCUUAAGGUACCAUACAUACCCAAUAUGAGUCUCUGGGUAUUACAAAAGAAACAAUAAACUCUCAGUAUCUCAUAAGAUGUCUUGAGAUACCCUGAAUGAUCUAUGAAAAACCUAAUGUAUUUAUAACGUACAUAUGUUCUAUAAGGUACCCAGAGGAACUAAAUGUGAGUCACAAAUCUAUAAGGUACCUAUAAGAUAUCGAGAGAUACUCAGGGUAACUGGAUAUUACUUACAAACAACUAUAUUACCAACAAGAUAUAUCAUUCUUCCAUAAGGUACCUAUAAGCACAGAAAAUAUUGUUGCUUGUGCAGAAUCAAUCUGUACAAAGAGGUACUCAACAACACAUACUGGAAAUCUACAUGUACCAAUAAGGUACCACUGUUCUUGAAAUACAGUGAGUAUUCCUAGAGAUACUCCCUGUGAGAUCUUGGAUAUUACCUGCAAAAUGCUUAUACAUACCUAUUAUAUAAGGUACCUUGGCUACUUAAUGUGAGCCCUUGGAUAUGAUCUACAGAUAACAAGACUAUAUGCAUCUUAAGGUACCUCAGCUCCACAGGGUACCUAUAGCAACUGCAUAUCACUUAAUAAUAGCUAUAUGUACCUACAUGAUAAUAAGGUGCAUAUAAUGCUUCUUUAUUUCCCAUGGAAACUCCUAUGUACAUAUAUGGUACCUGUGUUUUAUAAGGUACUUAUAGGUGCUAAGUGUGAAUGCUUGGACAUUUAUUUAUAGACAACAAACCUAUGUGCACCCGCAAGGUACACCUCUGUUGUAUAUGUUACCCAUGGGUACUCAAUAUGACCUAUAACAAAUCUGUAAUCACCAGUCAAGUACCCUUGUUCCACCAAACAGUACCUCAAAGUACUUAAUGUUGCCUCUUGGCUCCUCGUCAAUCACCAAAUGUGAGACUGCUCAUCAAUCACAUGCAUAACUGACCUCAGGUCACUCACCACACACUCACACCUAAGUGACUUCAGGUUAUUCACUCGCACCAUUCAGUCACACAUAUAACUGGCCUCUGGUCACUCAUCAAUCAUAUGCAUAAAUGGUCCCUAGUCACACAUUAGUCACGUACUUGAUUGACUUCAGGUCACUCACCACCCACUCACACCUAAGUGACUUCAGGUUAUUCACAUGCACCAUUCAGUCACACAUAUAACUGGCCUCUGGUCACUCAUCAAUCAUAUGCAUAAAUGGUCCCUAGUCACACAUCAGUCAUGUACUUGAUUGACUUCAGGUCACUCAUCAAUCGCACACAUAACUCACCUUAGCUUAUUAUUUCAUUUAGCAUUACAACCUAUGGGUAAAGAAGUGUGUGUGUGUGUGCAUGUGUAUGUAUGUGCGUGCAUGCAUGUGUGUGUACAUGUGUAGUGCAUAUGUGUGUGUGUGUGUUGUGUGUGUGUGCGUAUUAGGAAAUAAGAUGUUAUUGGCAGGAUUCACACUUAAUAUAUACGUCCCUCUGCCGAGGUGGACUUUGCCUUUCAUAAGUACCAGUUAAGUACUUGAGUCAUUGUAAUUGCCUUACCCCCACCCCCAAAUUGCUGGCCUUGUGCCAAAAUUUGAAACCAUUACACAUCUCUCUCUCUCUCUCUUUCUCUCCAUCAGUUUUUCUCUCUUUCACUCACUCUGUCUGUCUGUUUGUCCUGCCGUCUCUCCCUGUGCUUAUCUGUCCCUUUUCUCUUUUUCUUUCUUUCUCUGUCUGUGUGUCUAUUUUCCUCUUUCUCCCCCUCUGGUCAUAUCUCCAUCCUCCUCUCUCUCUCUCUACUUUUCCUCUUCCCACAUAUUCCCCACAAUACUCCACAAAUCUUCAACCCAAACCCCACUUCAUUUCCCCCUUUUUUUUUGUCCCAGAAUGCACCAAGUGUCCUGCCAUUUGUGGAAGCACUCCGUCGGUUACGACGAUGAGGGUUCCGGUUGAUCCGAAUGAAUGGAACAGCCUGCUC